AUGGAUGUUUCUUCAAUGGAAGGCUUCGAGCGAUCUACUUCACAUACCGCCCCGGCUACUUGGCAAGAUCCUUCUCUCUUGUUUCCGACGCGUAUUGCGGCCAUCUACAUCUGGGUUGUGAUUACACUCUUGGUCUGGGGUGCCGUAGUUGCGAUAGGCCCUCAAGACUCAACAGAUCUCACGUUGCCAUAUUGGGUGAAGGAAAUCCUUCCUUGUGGAAUUGCGAAGCAUAUCAGAGUCAACGAAAGGCGCUGA